CAUCUGUUUAGUUUUUUUAAAGUUGUUGGCGAAAAUUCUAGCUGGUGGAAUUCGGCGAAGCAGUGAAGUGUUGGCGAAAGCAGUUGGAUACGGAAGGAAAGUGCUUGGAAAAUUAUGCCUAACAACAACCAGGUUCGUCGGGAGGAGAGGGCUGCCGCAGAAGAUGUACAGCGACAACGCCACGAACUUCAUGGGAGCGAGCAACGUGCUCAAGGAUCUGAGCGCAGCGUUUCACCGCAGUCAGGAACAGUUGAGAGGAUACGCGGCUCACGAUGGAGAGGCCCUGACUCCAGGACAUCUGCUUAUCGGACAGCCUCUAAUCACGCUGCCGCAAGAGUCCGGCACAGGCGGAAUCUCCAGCAAGGCCAGUUGCGGAUAUUUGAGGCGGUGGCGAAUGCUGUCCGAUCUCAAGCAGCAGUUUUGGGCCAGCUGGUCCAAGGACUACAUCGCCAGCCUGCAGCAUCGCAACAAGUGGUGCGUCGAGGGCCGCGAUCUGGAGGUCGGGUGUCUGGUGCUCGUGCACGAGGACAACAUGCCCCCGCAAAGGUGGCUUACAGGCCGCGUGGUGGCAAUAACAGUCGGUGAGGACGGAAGAGUGCGUGUGGCGGAGGUACGGACGUCAGGAGGCGUCAUCAAGCGCGCCAUCCACAAGCUGGCAUUGCUGCCAGUAAGCAACGCUCCUAACGAGGAGGUUAAAGCGCCGGAGGCCUUCAACGGGGCCGGAAUGUUGGAGCAGUAGAUUAAGUUUUAUUGUUAGUUUUAAGGAAAGAUGAAAAGAAAUAAUUAUUUGAAUACGCAGGCAAAAUGUAAACAAACCACCUUAAAAACCAAUGUACAAAAGCUUAUCAGUUUCACUCAAUCUUGAGCACAGCCGAGUUGUUGUGAUCUAACUGAUAAGCUUUUCAGUUCGUGGCUAUGCGAAGUGUUA